GCGUCACAUUCUCCAAACCAGUAGAGUAUACAGUUUACGACGGGUUGGAUACAUGUGAAUUAUUUGGCCAGGCGCAUUCGCAGAGCCUUGUGCAGCUAUAUCGCCCCUGGGCUAUUUGUACAAAACGCGGCGCACACUGGCGGUUCGGCUGAAGGAGAGCACAUGCAUAUAUCCGUAUACUUCUCUGGUCCCGCGCACUUUUCCCCCCAUUGCUGGUCGAUGCCGCGGGCUAUAGCACCGGAAUGGAUCAAGUGACGAACAGGGCCGGCUAAUGGUGGAUGCCAAGAGAAAGGGAGCACAAAAGAUGGGGAAUUCUCUCAAAAUAUCACGCAAUUUCUACACACUGUGUGCGGAUGACCUGUCUUUGUUGGCGGAUAGUAUUAUGUCGUUGUGAACUGACGGUUGCUGCGUGUCCCUGUAAAACGAUGCUGUUGUAUCGUAUGGCCAACUGGGCCCAGUCACACGGCGUUUCGCUUAGACGGCUGCAAUAUUUUGAAAAAAGUGUUAAUCUUCGCGCUGCUGCAGAGUGCGUUGUCGUCGCAGUUGCGUGUGUACACAUUCGAUUCUAACGCGCGCGCGGCGACUGCUUUUGUUGCGUUGCCCAUGAAAAUGGACGAGAAAAGUCUGUUUAUGAAUCGCUCGGUGAUUGUCCGUACAACAUCUCCGUCUCCUUCUCCGACGGCGGCCAGCUCACCGAAUCUGGAGGGUUUAAAUUAUUCCGGACGCAGUUCGGGUGGUGGGAAUAUUCGCAAGUUUCCGCUUGGAAUUCCACUGUCCGCGCCAACGACUUGCUACACGGCCCCAGUACAUAUUGAUGUUGGCGGUAAAAUUUACACGUCAUCACUGGAAACCUUGACAAAAUAUCCAGAAUCUCGUUUGGCCAAGCUCUUCAACGGCACCAUUCCCAUCGUCCUGGACUCGCUGAAACAGCACUACUUCCUGGACCGCGACGGCCGCAUGUUCCGACACAUCCUCAACUUCCUGCGGCACGGACGGCUGAUGGUGCCUAAAGAUUUUCAGGAAUGGUCACUUCUGUACGAAGAAGCCAAGUACUUCACGCUGCCCGGCAUGAUCCAGGAGAUUGAGGACAUCCUCGACCGCAAACCCACCUCGAUGGCCUCGCCCUCUGCCCCCCUGACCCCUUCCACCCCACCGCCACCGUCUCGCAAACGCCCCCGCCAAAACGGCAGCACCCCCGUGGAUGCCUCACCCAGUGACGCCUUCACGCACGACUGCAUCACGGUGCACAUCAGUCCAGAUUUGGGGGAGCGGAUCACGGUGACCGCCGAACGGGGGUUGCUGGAGGAGGUGUUCCCCGAGGUAUCCGGACAUGUUAGCAAUGGGGUAAUGAACUCGGAUUUGACCUUUCUCACACGGUUCCCACUGAACGGCUACUGCAAGCUGAAUUCCAUUCAGGUCAUUCAGAGAUUGCUGACGGUGGGAUUUACGGUGGCCGCCUGUUCGGGUGGUGGCAUGGAGAUGCAGCAUUUCACCGAGUAUCUAUUUGUGCGCAAACUCCCGGCGUUGUAAACUAGAAGGGAAAUGAGCGGAUGGCAUAUGUACCAAAGUUCGCGUAACGGUCACGUUCCUAGCUCGUUUAUUUUUAUCAUCGGUAAUUGUAGCGCUUGGUGGAUUUUAUAAAUUAUUAUAAAACUUUGUUCAGUUUUUACUGGCUGGAAAUCCUUCGCAAGUCUGUAUUAAUCGUUAAAA